CGUACAUUUUUCUUGUUGGUCGCGGGUCGAUCCCGAGGGAGGGAGAGCUGAUCCAUCGUCGUCGUCGCAAUCGCAAUCGUCGCCUCUCCGCCGUGAUCCACCCUGAGAGGGGUCUCCGGUAUAAUAUAUAGAUAUACUGUCAGCGAGCGGGUCAUUCGCUCAUUCAACUACCCUCACCUUGCGAUCGUUCAAACUUUCGACCGUGAUCGACUGCCAAUAUUCGACAUCACCUGCAGUCCACUUCCAACACAAAUUCUCCGAACACAACGACGACGAGCACGACCAUGGUCAAAGCAUCCGUUUCCGCCGAGAAGGGCGACCCAUCCUCACUCCUCCGUCCGAACCCUGGCGAAAAGGUCGAGAUGGACCCGAACCCCAUCUACGGGGAAGGGGACCACCAUGGACAUGGCGACAAACUGAGUGCGGGGGCGAUCUUGAAGGGAGAUGCUGGCCACACCAUGCCAUCCACCCCGUUCGAGAUGAAGGCGGCGCUCGUCAACCGAGAGCUGGACAAGAUGGGCCUGGGAAGGUACCAAAAGGCUAUCUGGCUGUUGUGUGGAUUUGGUUACUUUGUGGACUUGAUGUGGUCGCAGGGUCUCGGUCUCCUCGCCACGGCUCUCUACCAAGAGUUCGGCGUACCCGAGGGUAGACAGGGUGUUGUUUUCAGUGCCAUGUCCGCCGGUCUUACAGGCGGCGCGUUCUUCUGGGGUUUGGCGGUUGAUGUUAUUGGAAGGAAAUGGGCGUUCAAUUUGACCGUCUUGAUCACCUGUGUUUUCGGAUCGCUGGUUGCGGCCAGUCAAAAUUAUGCGACAGCUUGCGCGAUGUUUGCGCUCUGUGGAUUCGGGCUGGGAGGCCAGAUUCCAAUCGACGCGACCAUCACCCUCGAGUUUCUGCCUCAGAACCGUCGGUAUCUCCUCUCGCUGCUUUCCAUGUGGCAGCCCAUCGGUGUCGUCGUCGCCUCGGCCAUCACCUUUGGCACAGUCCCAAAGUACCGAUGUCCCACAACCGAACCGCCUCUUCCGGCUUGUUUCGAGGUCGCCGACGGCGCGCCUUGUUGUUCCCCGAGUAGCAACUACGGAUGGAGGGUCUGCUGCGGUGUUCUCGGUGGUAUCACCCUCUUGGUCUUCAUCGUCCGAUUCUUCGUUUUCAACUUCUACGAGUCGCCCAAGUACCUCAUCGGUCGUGGAAAGGAGGAGGAGGCCAUCGACGUCUUGCACAAGAUUGCUAGGUUCAACAAGAUGCCACCCCCCGAGUUGACCAUGGAGCACUUCAACGAUAUCGACACCAAGAUGAGCGUCGUCACGGUCGCCUCGGACGAGGAGCUCUUGGGACGCAAGUUGACCGUCAUGGAGACUGCCAAGCGAGUUGUCAAGGAGUCGCUCAAGAGGGCCGCGCAUUUAAAGGGACUGUUCAUGACUCCUAUCAUGGCUUUUACCACCAUCGUCCUCUGGAUCGCCUACAUCGGAGACUUCUGGUCAUUCAACAUUGCCGGUUCUUUCCUGCCCAUCAUUCUGCAGCGACGAAAUCUCGACCGUCAGAUUUCAGUCACCGAGACGUACCGACAAUACAUCUAUAUCUACCUUCCCGGAGUUCUCGGUGCGAUCAUGGCAAUGUUUGCCGUUCAGCUGCCGGUGAUCGGAAGGAAGUGGUCGUUGGUUAUCGGAGCGGCAUUGCAGGGAGUCAGCAUGGCCUGUUAUACCGCCGUCAACACGCCGGCCGCUGCUGUCGGCUUGAACGCCUUUGAAUACGUCAUGCAAACGUUCUUCAAUGCCAUUCUUUACGCCACUACGCCGGAAUUUUUCCCGGCUUACGUACGAGGAUCGGCUUGUGGUUUGGCUUCGACCCUUGGGCGACUGUCAGGUAUCGUUGCGCCCUUCGCCGCUCAGGACCUCUUGGCCAAGGAAAGUAACGGUGUGCUCUGGCUCGCUGUUGGAGGUAUCUGGCUCUCGAUGCUGGUUUUGAUCUUCUUGCCGAUCGAGACCAGGCACAGGCAGUCCUACUAGACUUGAAAAAAGUUACGCCGAAAGGUGGGUUUUCAUACGUUUCCCGAAUAGGAUUGAUUGUUUUGUGGGUUCUACGUCGGACACCCGUAUUGCACGGGCCCGAGCUUCAUGUGGUGGUCAUAUAAUGCCUAGGUUUUCCUGUAAGCUUUCUCUAUGUAUCUACAAAUUCUACAAACUAUAAGAUCUGGUUUGCCUA